CCUCCUUCCUCUCUCACUUUUUAAGAUCUCACCAAACCAUUUCUCCCUCUCAUAUAUCUCUCUCUCUAAAACCACUUCCAAAUCCUCCAUUAAACAUCAUAUCAAUCACCUACAAAACAUACAUACCACAAGAGUAACCAAUCUCAUCUCUACAUAUAAACACACAAAAACACCAAAAUCAAAAGAUUCACCAAAUAACAAUUAUCCAAUCAACAAAUCAAACCAUGCUUUCAAAUCCACAAAACUCACAAUCCUUUUUCACCACCACCACACCCACCGGUUGCAACAAACAAACCUCUCACACAUGUGUCACUAACCGCAUCCCAGACACCAUAGCUCGGUUUCACACACACCCGGUUAGCCAAAACCAAUGUUGCUCAGCCGUCAUCCAACAAGUCAACGCCCCAGUCAACACAGUUUGGUCCGUAGUUCGUCGGUUUGAUAACCCACAAGCAUACAAACAUUUUGUCAAAAGUUGCAACGUUCUAGACGGUAAUGGAACCGACAUUGGAACGUUGCGACAAGUAAACAUUAUAUCUGGUCUACCAGCGGUUAAUUCAACUGAACGUCUUGAAAUACUUGAUGAUGAACAUCAUGUAUUUAGUUUUAGUAUUGUGGGUGGUGAUCAUAGACUUUCUAAUUAUAAAUCUGUUACUACUUUACAUCCAACAGCCAAUGGAAAUGGGACAGUUGUUGUUGAGUCGUACGUUGUGGAUAUUCCACAUGGGAAUACAAAAGAAGAAACUUUUGGUUUUGUUGAUACCAUUGUGAAAUGUAAUUUACAAUCUUUAGCUAAGAUAGCUGAGAAUAUCAAGAUUUGAUAAAUUAUAUAUACAUGAUGAUCAAAGAAUGUAUGUAAA